AUGAAUGACAAAUGUGUCAUUCACCCUAAUGAAAUUUUGGAGAAAUAUUGUGCAUCGCAUCAGCUGUUGUGCUGCAAGAUUUGCUUGGCGACUGAGCACAAGACGUGUUCUGAGGUUCAGCCUAUUGAUGUUGUGCAGACGAAGACCACUGAAGCCUCAUCUAACAAUACUGAUGUCAUAUUGGAACUUCAAUCAGUUACAGAAAAGGUAGAUUCAGCUCUGGCUCCGAUAGUAAUGGGGGUCAAUGGCCUUGAAAAGAAGCAUUCCGGAUUGCGAAACACCGCCUCGUCUGCUACCGGCAAAAUUCUGAGCAAGAUUCAAGAAAUGCACAACGUUUUCAACAGUAAACUACAAGAAACACAGGAGAAAGAACUGAAGUACCUUUCAUCAUCACGGAUACAUUUAGAGGCUUUUUUGAAUACUUUGUCGGUAGCAGAGAAUUUGUUGACUGCCGUCUGUGAGUGUGGAACACCCAGGCAACUAUUCGUUACCGCAUCAAAAGUAAAAUUUCAAAUUCAAAAACAUUUGGAACGAUUGGAAAAACUGCACGGAAAACAAUUGGAAAUCACUUGCGAGAUUAACAAAGAUGUUGAUGCAUUUUGCGAUAUCGAAUAUAUUGCUAAACUAAACGAAAUUGAUGUUGAUCAAACUAAUAUUGUUGAAAUAGAAGAUCAAAUGAAGUCAUUUGAAGGUAGUAUGCGAGUUGAUGAUGCACUACUAUUAGGAUCGAAGACUGACCCAGCGAAAUUGGCAGCAAAAGAAAUAGCUAAGUAUGCAGAGGAAAUGCCGGAUAUGAGGGAUGGAUGUCUUCUGUCGGACGGGACGGUAUUGGUUAUAUCUUACGGCGAAUUCCGAAUGUUACGUGAUGGCGAAGAAAUGCGCACUCUAAUUGAAUUGGAAAGUGAUGAAAGACCUUAUGCUUUCGAAAGAAUUUGUUCAGAUGAACGUGAUCGAAUUUUUAUUAAGUCGAGUCAAGGAAUAAUCAUGGAAUAUGCUAUACACGAUGACCAAUUGCAGCAUAUUCGCGACAUCAGUUUUGACGUAGCUUAUGGAGCCUUUCGGUAUUUCGCAAACAAGUUCUAUUGCUUGUCCUGUCCAUAUAAAAAAGGCAGUGGUUUACUUAUUUUUAACGAGAAUGGAAAACUUUUGCGAGUCAUCGAAGGAACGACCGAGCGUGGAAGCGAACUAGCACUCUCGUCAGAUGGUCAGUGCAUUUACUACAGUAAUCGCCAAGAAAUAUUUUGUAGGGAUUUGACAGGAAAACCUCCGUAUUACAAGCACUCGAAGUCAGAAGAUCCAUAUUCAUACCGUAUCUAUCAUGGGAUAGACGUAGACCGUUAUGGCAAUGUGUAUGCAUUCCAAGAAGGUGAAAAUUGUAUCGUUCAGAUUUCUGAAAAUGGACAAGAAUGCAGAGACUUCCUAGAGGUCGAUUCUAAUUUUAGACCCGAAAGUAUAAGGUUUGACCAUGCGCGUGCAAGAUUUGCCGUGUUUUGCAACAACAAUGUGUAUCAAGAAUAUACGCAAGUUGUUAAAGUGUAUGAGCUGAUUGUUGAUGAAAAUGAAAGCGAAGAAUGUGUAGCGGAUGAUGAAAAAGAAGAAUGUGUAGCGGAUGAUGAAAAAGAAGAAUGUGUAGCGGAUGAUGACGAUUAA